CAUUUACUGGUUCUUUCUACCAUCAUUGGAAUAUUACAUGUUGCUGUUAAGUGGCCCAUCUCCAAAAGAGAUCAGUAGUAGAAAAGGAAUGCAAGGGAUCAUGCAGGGAAACCUUUAGCAGGAUUGUCUCCUUCAUCAUUCUAAGGGCUAUUGAGGUUAAGAGAAAGCUCUUUAUGUGAAAGACAGAUUUGGGCCAUGUGUGGAUCAGACCCUUAGACUUUAAACCAAGUAGCUCAGCACUUCUGAUGCUGCUAAUUAUACUGAUGCUGAGUGGCAGCUGAGGCUCAGUAGAUGGUAGAUCACUGUCUUACCUCCUUGCUCAGCUUCCUCUUUAGCACUUCCCACAUAGUUGCUGCUGCUAUCUUACUAAAGAAGUAAGAAUCUUACUCUUGCUAAAGAAGAGUCAAAAGUUCUGUGAGAUGCUUAUUUAAAAGAGAGAGAGAGAAAUAGUUGCAUCUACUACUGUGUUUUCUGAAUCGGAACUUUCCAGAAGGUGAGGGAGUGGUGCUGAUGGACAGCUCCAGCUUAUUGCACAGUAACAAGUCUGGGUUUGCUGUCUCAGAGGAUUGGGAAACCAUUAUUGGGGUUUACUUGCUCACGCUAGGUUGGCUUUCUUGGCUUGGCAAUGGAGGGGUGAUCUUCAUCAUGUACUACCAACGACAUUCCCUGGACCCUCAGGACUAUCUCACCUUCAAUCUUGCUGUCUCGGAUGCAGGCAUUUCCCUCUUUGGCUAUUCAAGGGGCAUUCUAGAGCUGUUUAAUGUUCUUAGAGAUGAUGGCUUUCUAAUCACUUCAGUAUGGACAUGCAAGGUGGACGGAUUUAUAAUACUCUUUUUUGGUCUAGUCAGUAUUAAUACUCUGACAGCCAUCAGUGUCAUCAGAUACAUUAAAGGAUGCCAGCCUCACCAAGCUCACAAAACUGAUAGAAAAAAUAUUAUAUUAACCAUGAUUGUGAUAUGGACAGCUGCUCUUUUCUGGGCCAGUGCACCACUUAUAGGGUGGGGUAGCUAUACAGACAACAAAUAUGGAACAUGUGAAAUAGACUGGAUCAAGGCAACAUUUUCUGUUGUCUAUAAGUCCUACGUGAUUGGAGUUUUUAUAUUUGGCUUCUUUAUUCCUGUCUCCAUCAUGGUUUUCUGUUACGUGUCCAUAAUAAAGACUGUUAAAUCAAGUCACAAGACCACAAGAGGUAAAAAAAUUAGCCAAAGGCAGCGGCUCAUGGAACGAAAUAUUACACAGGUGUCAUUUGUAAUUUGUUUUGCCUUUUUCCUGGCAUGGUCUCCUUAUGCAGUAAUCUCUAUGUGGUCAGCAUGUGGGUUUCAAGUGCCAGUGCUCACCAAUGUCCUAGCCAGCCUUUUUGCCAAAUCUGCCAGUUUUUACAACCCACUCAUCUACAUGGGAAUGAGCUCUAAAUUCCGUAAGGACAUCAGAAACAUUUUCCAGUGUCUCAACCGAGACAAGGAUUCAACCCUACAAAUGCCAGUACAGAUGUUCAAUCAAAGAAAUGAGGCAGCUGUCCUCCUGAAACCACAGAGAGAGUUUGUGUCCAAAGUUCCUGAGGCUGAAACGCCAGGCUUAGACAUGGAUUCACUGCCCAGAGACACUCCUUUGGUGCAGGAGAAUCCUUCAUUUUGUUCUCCUGUUUCUAAUCAACUUACCGCUUUUGGAGUAAAAACAAUUCAAAGGAAACAAAGUGGAUCUGGCUGACUUUGAUCUGGAGAAGGUGAAAUAAGGACUGUUUUUUUCCUGAAGAUUAGAUUUCCACAGCAAAUGACCUUUGUCUCUUGUCCUCAUCAGUCUGCUAAUAUUUCACAGACGUUUACAACUGUUCUCAUAUACAAUUUCCCAGUGACUAAAAAAGACAUAGCAAAACUGAUAAUUAAUUCAUGGAGAUUAGCUUUUGCCUAUUUUCCCUUUUUAAAAUUA